CAGCAGCAGCAGCCGUGGUUUAAUGAUCAAGAGCGCUCAUUUUCAUGCAAGUCUUGUUAUAAAUGCACAAAGCUUUACCAUUGUGGCUUCCCUUUCACCCAUUUCUUUGAAUAUAUUUACACUCCCUCUCUCUCUGUUGCUAUAAAAUCUUCCUUUUCUGUGUGAGCGUCUCUGUGAGGCGCGACAGAAGCAGGGGCUGAGAGGCUCUGAGCUGAAAACUGAAAAGGGGGUUCGAACAUGAAGGCGAAAUUCAAUGGAGUUUAUUUGAAGAACAGUUUGAAUGAGCUAUGAAGUACUGAAAAUGGUACAUUAUCUGAAAUGGUUUCAAGCUUCACAUUCUUCCACCACCGCAUCUAAUUUCUUGAAUUGGGUGCGUUUGUUUAAGGCUAUUUCUUGUGAAAACCCCAUAGAUUCUGCUUGGAGUGAGUAGCAAUUGUAAAGGUUGAGUGGCUUAUACAUCUAAUGGAUAUUGGCGGCGGAGAUCAAUUUAGAGUAGAAAGUAGCCCACAGGAUUGUAUGUCUUUGGAUAUGGCUGGUUGUUCUUCUUCCACUGCUCAUGUGGUUGAGUCAUUUAGCUCUACCAUUUGGGAACAAGCAGCUAAUUCUCAAAACUUGGGACUCCUCGAAGAACAUAACAUAUGUAGAACUUCAAACGACAUAGCAAUUAACAAGACCAUUGGCUGUCCUAUUCCUUUGAGCAGUGACAAUGACAAAACACUUGAUAUCAGCUGGAGCUUGUCCAAUAAUAUGUUGAAAGGGGGAGGUUACCUUAAUGCAAUCCCGCCGAGCUUAUCUCAACUUCCAGCUGAUUCUUCGUUUAUUGAGCGUGCAGCCAGGUUCUCCUGGUUUAGUGGUGGAAAUUUUGGUGAUGUUACUGGACAUUUUGAUAUUCCUGAGCCUAUGGACGUUUUUUCUAGAGGUAUGGGAGUAGUAAUGCCUGAGAGACAGGAGGAUGUUCCUAGACGAAACGGGUUAGGUUCGGUAUCUCGAGCCGGAGGACGAUUCCAGGGAAAUACGGUUAACAGUGAAGCUUCCAAGCCUGUUUCUUUGCAUAAUGCAGCACAUGGAAGCCUUUUGAAAUUGGACGAUUGUUGUAAACAUGCUGUUGAUGGUUCUGCUAAUGAAUCUGAGCUUAGCGGUGGCGAUGGUUCGGGUGAGCCAUGCACGUUAGAGGUUGCAGGUAAGGAAGUUUCUGCUAAGGGCAUCGCUGCAAAGAAAAGGAAAAGGAGUGGACAGAAGGCUGAACUUGAUCAAGUCAAUGGACCUCUGCAACAAACUAGUGUUGCAGCUCAGGAUAAUACUGAAUCUCAGCUAAAGGGAGAUCAAAACCCGAGCUCGACCGCAAACAAGGGUACAGUAAAGCACGGUAAACAGGCGUCUCAACCUUUAGAUCCACCAAAGGAAGAGUAUAUUCAUGUUCGAGCUCGAAGAGGCCAGGCGACAAACAGCCAUAGUCUUGCAGAAAGGGUAAGGAGGGAGAAAAUCAGUGAGAGGAUGAAAUUUCUUCAAGAACUAGUGCCUGGUUGCAGCAAGGUGACUGGGAAGGCAGUGAUGCUCGAUGAAAUCAUUAACUAUGUUCAGUCUCUGCAACGACAAGUCGAGUUUUUAUCAAUGAAACUCGCUACCGUCAAUCCAAGGUUGGAUAUUAACAUCGAUGAACUUCUAGAGAAAGAUAUUCUUCAAUCUCGAGCUGGUCCCUCGUCGACAUUGGGAUUUCCUUCACGCAUGCCCAUUGCUUGUCCCCCGCCUCAUGUCUCUCAUCGUGGACUUAUCCCAGUCAGUUUCCCUGCCAUAGCGAGCUCCGAGACGUUAAGAAGAAGCACAAUAAGUUCCCAGAUGACGCCGAGGUCCGGGGUAUAUAAGGAGCCGACUCAGAUAAAGAACAUGUGGGAUGGUGAACUCCAUAACAUUGUGCAGAUGAGCUUUGGGAUGUCCACUGCCCCUAAUGGUUUAGCAGCUGAAGGAUCUGAUUCACCAGGCAAUACAAAAGUUGAACAACACUGAAAGUUCUUUUUAAAUGCCAUGAACCAUUUCUGCUUCAUGUACAGGUACAUUACUAUUAGUACUAUACGAGAUACUUCGCCACGAACUAUUUCUACUUCGUGGUUGUGCGAAAUAUACCAUUACCGUACUUGAAGCUGUGAUACUCGAGCUGGUAACCGAGGCAGAACAUCAGCUCCCGAGUCCCGACAAUCGCCAAGAACUCAAUGACCUGAUAGAGAAGCAGUUUCUGUUCUUGUUGGUUCGGAUUCUAGGCGAGUGCUUGCCUUGGUCAAUGUUUAGAGGCCGAGGAUUCGAUGUCUGGAAACCGAGGAACAGCUGAUAAACACAGCUGAUAGUGUCUGAGCUGAAGUGGGUUGGCUGUAAUUUUUACAAUUCUGUAGAGGGAACUUGUUUAGUUAGUGUUAAAGGAUUUGAGUUUUGACGUUGAGAUCAAUGAAAUGUCUGUAUCUUGGUAAAGAACUUGAUGAGUUUGUUAUUACUGCUUUCUUCUGCAUCAAGCAUGAAAGAAUCUUUGGCAUGGGUGGUGGAAGUCGUUCGGUCCGUUGCUUGAAUGAAGAAGACACCCGAUUGACCCGACUUUGUCAAAUGCCCACCGUCGGCCCUGAUCCUUUAUGGGUUUGGAUUUUGUGCUUCGUUUCCGUGCUUCUUUCUGUGUCCUGAUGUCAUUUACUGUCAUGUCUUCAAUUUGCUCUGGUUCGAUGUAACCUUCCAAAACCAUCUCUUGUACGUGGUCGUAGAUUCGAACCUUUCACUUGUGAUGAUUGUUGUUAUCAUGCUUAAGUUGAUAACGAUAUAAAAGAUGUUGUGAA